AUGGUCAAGACCUUCCCACAAACAGAAGAGUCGAUGACAGAAGAUGACAAGAGGAGAAACUAUGGAGGCGUCUACGUUGGCCUGCCAUCCGAAGCUGUCAAUAUGGUGUCCAGUCAGGCAAAGACUGUACGAAAAAAUUAGAAGAAAAUAACGUGACUCAGUAAUCAAGAGCUUGCUCAUCAACUUGGAAGAAGUUGGCUCUGGAGACACUGUAAUAUGUAUAGAUUUUUCCAAAGAAAUUCUAAAACCAUUGUCUCCACGCUGUGCCCCCUCUCCUCAAAUUUGAAAUGUGUAGUUAAAGUCAUGGGUACAGGUUGAAUGUUGUGACGAUAGAAGGGAAUUGGUUAGGCAUUGUGCUUGUUUGUGGAGCUUCCUGCAGGCCACCAGUGCAAGUCAGGCUAAGGCUCGUCCUGCCUGGCCAGGAUGCCUGAUUCUACAGUGCCCCACCCUGAUCAUUCAAUACAAUUCACAGAAAUCAUGUCUUUUCACUAAUACUUUUUUGAUAGUUUUUAUAUAACAAAAAAUCCUUAAUUCUAUUUAUAACUUAAAGUAAUAAGGUACUAUAAAUGAAUUAAAGUAAUAUAUUAUCUCCUGUCUUUCACUAUUUGUAUUUUGCAUUAAUUUUUAGCUGUAAAAAUUGAUAAAUGGAUUCUUACUGCUACUAUCUCUUUCCCUUUUUUUACUGUUUGGGUGUCAAAUUUUAUUUAAAUGUCAGAGGAUUUCCUUUGUUAGAAACAUGUAUCACAUUGCAAUAUUUAAAAAUAAGCUAGUGAAAUCUGCAUGGUAUAUGAAGAUGUUGAUAAAAUUCCUGUUUUCUUUAGCCAAAGGUUUAUGUACUAAAAAUACUUCCUAGCCACAGUCUCCUAUUCUGUCUUUGUGAAUCAUGGCAUCUCCUCAUGUUAACUAUUCUGAUUUCAAGCACUUAUGGUUGAUGCUCAAUGGGAUGUAUGGAAAAUACUUAAUUUGCUAGUGACAUGUGCAUUUAAUUAUUACUACAAUGUAAAUUACUCAGAUCACCAUUGUAUUUCAACAAUUAAACAUUUUAUCCCUA